AUGGCCACUAAACUGUCUCCGACAGAUUUAGAGAGUAGUCACUUGGGAUAUGCUAAUGAAGAGGAAUUCAAAGUUUUAGCCAUUGACGCUUUAGUAGAUACUAAUUGGAGGAGUCCAAUUAUUAAUUAUCUUAGGGACCCCUCAUUAAACAUAGAUAGGAAGACCAAGUACAGAGCUUUGUCUUAUGUUUUGGUGGGAAAUGAACUAUUUAAGAAAACUCCUGAAGGCAUUUUAUUGAAGUGUUUGGGCGAAAAUGAGGCAUACUUGGCAUUAGCUAGCGUUCAUAGUAGAGCUUGUGGGGCACACCAAGAAGACCAUAAAAUGAAAUGGUUGCUUUUCAAAUAUGGGAUGUAUUGGCCCACCAUGUUAAAGGAUUGUAUAGAGUUCGCUAAAGGUUGUCAAGAAUGUCAAAUACACGCAGGAAUUCAACAUGCUCCUGCAAGUGAGCUUCAUACUCCAUUUUCCGGGCUUCUUCGACGUGUCGAAUGCCAGUUUAAAUUUCUACAAUUAAGUCCUGGCUAUCGAGUUUGCGGAUUUCGUCCUGACGAUUCUUUGCAAUUUGUAUCUUUUGUUGAAGUGAAGAUAUCUCCUGCUUCCAGGAUUUAA